AUGAACCCCCUGGAUGCGAACCUGGGAGGCCGGCCGGCACCCCGGGGCCCGCACGCCGGCGCCGCUCAAAGCAGCGCCCGGCCGCACACCUGCCGGGCCCGGGAAGGGCCAGCCCUGGGCAGAGUCCUGGGGCUGGCGGCUGAGGCCCGGAGCCUGGGCAGGAGGCCAGGGGCAGAAGAGGAGGCCGCAGCUGGCGCCGGUGGCCAGAAGGGUGCGGGCCGGAGGCCUGAGGAGCGCGGGGCCUUCCCUAGCAGGACUCCGGUGACAGGCCGCCAUUAUCGGGCAGCUCGCGCCUCAGCCGCGGCGGCCUCCAGUCAGAGACCGGCGCGCGCCCCCGUGGUGCGCGCGGACACACCCCCUUACGCCGUGCGGCCCCGCCCCCCUCCGGCUUUCCGUAGCGCCAGCCGGGACGCAGAGCGCCAUCCUGAUUGGCCGUCCAGCCGCAGCGGGCGCGCACGGCCCGCGGCCCCGGGGGUGGUCUGCGGCAGCAGGUCCGGGCCCGGGGGUGCGCGCGCCCGGCGCGGCUUCCCCGCUCCCUCCCCGCCCCCCUUCCCACCUACCGAGCUGCGGGCAGGUGUGCGGGGGUCGCUGGGGCGGAACGCCCGGUGCAUCUUCUUCGGCUCGGGCCUGGGGUGCCUGCGGGACCCGGAGCUCUGCGGUGGGCCCGCGGGGGAGGCGCGGCCCGAGCUGGGAGGCCUGGCGUCCGUCCCGCCGGGAGGGAGGCUGCACCUUUUGUCAGAGUCACUGAGCCAUGUUUGCGGAUGGUGCAGUUGCCCAGGCGGCGGCGGCGCGGGACUGGGUGCGAUCAUCUGGGAGGACGCCGUCCCCUGCCCCGCCGGCGCGGUGGUAUCUCCCUUAAAGAACCCGGCGCCUCAUUGUUCCCGGGCCGCGGCCGCCGGGAGUCGGGGGCGCCCUGCCCGGCGCGGAAAGAAGGGGAGGUGGCACCGGCACCUGGCGCCCUGCCCGGCCGCUGUCCCCGCGUGGAGUCGGGAUCCAGCCCGCGAGCGGCCACGGGCGGCGGUCCGAGGCAGCCCGGGGCCGGGAUGGACUGCGAAGACGGUUGUACUCUCGAGGCCAGACUGCCAGCGAUCCGUCAGGUCCCGGCACUCAGUCGCCCGACAGCCAGCCCGGGAUUGUCAGCGACUCAGAGGCUCGGACUAUCCCAUUAUUCAGUUAGUUACGCAGAUCAGACUUCUACCAGACUGAGAGUUCCUGGGGACAGGAACCUUAUCUAUGAAGACUUGUCUACCUGAUAUGGUACUAAAACACACCUGAGGAAGUACUGUCCUGCAUUGCUUGUGAGGAGGCAAAACGACAUAACUCAUUAAGAAAAUUUGGCAACACACAGCCACUCCACAUAUAUAGUUACUAUUUCACGGAGCAAUCCUAAAUCAAAUCCUAAGCUUGUUGGACUCAAUCCUAGUGAUAUAUUGGCAAAAAUACAAAAAGCUCUGUGCACAGGGCUGUUAUUCAUUAUUGCAUUUUUAUAGCAAAACACUGGAAACUGCUCACAUGUCAAUAAAGAACUGGAUGAGUAAAUUAUAGUACGUGCACAGGAUAGAGUGCUAUGCAGCUAUAGAAAGAUAUAUGAAAGACUUCUUCCAUAUACUAGUAAACAUACUCGGGGUGAUACCCAUUUAUAUUGUUCAUGAAAUAAAGUGUGUAAUAGUAUUUA